GUCUUCUUCAGUUCUAAUCUAUUCGCAAAGAAGGCAACAUCGUAACGAUGAUCGGAACAUUGUUGCUAGCGACGUUAGCAUUGUUGACGCUGUAUUUGUUUAACUACUACAGCUAUUGGAAGAAACGGGGAAUACUUCAGGAGACUCCCUUACCCUUGGUGGGUAACUUUGUGGGAGUUGGUGUAACUUGCCAUGUACGCGAUGUCUACAAACGCCUAUACAAGAAAUUCAAAGGCCAGGCUCCAUUUGCGGGCGUCUAUAUGUUCUUCAGCAAAACUGCACUCAUCUUGGAUUUGGAUUUGAUCAAAAAUGUUUUGAUUAAGGAUUUCUCCAGUUUCCAUGACCGCGGAGGUUUCAAUAAUGUCGAAAAUGAACCCUUGACUGGACAUUUGUUGCUGCUGGAAGGUGACCAAUGGAGGGCCAUGAGAAACAAGUUAAGUCCAGUGUUCACUUCGUCACGCAUGAAAUAUAUGUUCCCCACUGUGGUGAAGGUGGGUGAGAAUUUUAACCGCGUCAUGGGUGAAACACUCAAGGAGGCCCCCGGCCAGGAGUUGGAAAUCAAAGAGUUAUGUGCCCGUUUCACCACAGAUGUCAUAGGCAAUUGUGCCUUUGGCAUAGAAUGCAACAGCCUGAGAGAUCCCAAUGCCGAGUUUCGUCAGAGAGGCAGAGAUCUGUUUCUUCGCCCACGUCACAAUGGCGCAGUGCAAUUGUUUAUGUUCACCAAUGCCAAACUGGCUAAAAAGCUACGCAUGAAACUGGUUCCCGAAAACCUGACAGAAUUUUUCGUUAGCAUUGUUAGGCAAACGGUGGACUAUCGCCUAAAGAACAAUGUCAAGUGCAAUGAUUUCAUGGACUUAUUAAUCGAAAUGAAAGCCCAAGAUGAGGAGAAAGCCAAGGCAACCAAAGGCAUAGAUUUGUCACAUGGCCUGACCAUAGAGCAAAUGGCUGCCCAGACUUUUGUUUUCUUUUUGGCAGGAUUUGAGACAUCAUCGACGACCAUGUCUUUUGUUUUGUAUGAAUUGGCUCGCCAUCAGGAGAUACAAGACCAACUGAGAAAAGAAAUUUUAGACAAACUAGAAGAAGAUAAAGGAGAGCUAACCUACGAGGGUAUUCACGGAAUGGAGUAUUUGGAGCAGGUGAUAUCAGAAACCAUGCGCCUCUAUCCAAUUCUCUCAAUUUUGCUGCGUAAAACGAAUAACGAUUACAAAGUUCCCAAUACACCGCAUACAAUUGAAAAUGGAACUAUGACUGUGAUACCCGUGCAUGCCAUUCAUCAUGAUCCCGAGUACUAUGAAAAUCCUGAGGAAUUUAGACCCAGCCGUUUUACACACAGUGAAUGUGAAAAACGCCAUCCCUCUACUUAUUUGCCAUUCGGAGAUGGUCCACGCAAUUGCAUUGGCUUGAGAUUUGGCAAAAUGCAAACCAAGGUUGGUUUAGUUUCGCUCCUGAGAAGCUAUCGUUUCGAGUGCUGCAGUCAAACGGAAAUUCCCGUGGAACUUGAUAAAAAGAACAUCUUAACAUCACCCAAGAAUGGAGUAUAUCUUAAAGUUAUACCAUUAUAAUACAAGAAAAAAAAACCAAUAAGAAAUCCAAA